UAUAUAAGGUACCUUUUGACUAGUAGACUUUUCAAUAUUAUGUUAAUAAUCUUAUGGAUUUCAAACCAUUUCAAAUGCAUUUUUCAUUUAUCUUGAUUUAAAUAAUGUAUUGAAAAUAUUUUGCGUUCAUCGUCCUAUUCAUAUUUAGCGGGCAGUUCUCGUUAUGUAAAAAAGUUCGUAGCGUCGGUAAUGUUUCUACGAGAACACAGAGUGAGGUUAAUAUGAGUGCGAAAUUGAAUUUUUUAAUUAAAAAACGUUAUUUUUCAUCGUCAGUGCGUGUAAAUAAAUCUUUUUUUGUAACUACACCAAUAUUUUAUGUAAACGCAGCACCACAUAUUGGGCACUUGUAUAGCGCUGUGAUAGCUGAUACAAUACAACGAUGGCAACAUAUAAUUGAACCAAACCAGGACAUUGUAUUUAGUACGGGUACAGAUGAACAUGGUAUUAAAAUACAAAAUGCAGCCUUACAAAAUAAUGUAUUACCAAAGAACUAUUGUGAAAAUAUUUCAUCACAGUAUAAAGCACUUUUUAAUCAAUGUCAAAUUGGUUAUACUGAUUUUAUUCGUACUAGUUCGAAUAUUGCACACUUCAAUGCUGUACAACAUUUUUGGAAUGAAUUAAGAAAAUCUGGGAAGAUAUAUUCAGCAAACUAUCAAGGAUGGUAUUGUGUGCCUGACGAAACAUUUUUGACUGAGUCACAAAUAACUGAAAAACAAUUACCGGAUGGUCGCAAAAUCAAAAUAUCGAUUGAAUCUGGACAUCCUGUGGAAUGGACACAAGAACAAAAUUAUUUAUUCCGUUUAAGUGUAUUUCAACAAGAUUUGUAUAAUUGGUUAAAAACGAAUGAAAAUAUUGUAAAACCUAAAAAAUUUCAACACAUUUUAAUGGAUUGGCUUAGUGAAAAAGAAUUACCCGAUAUAUCAGUAUCGAGACCUGCAUCACGUGUACAUUGGGGUAUACCAGUACCACAAAUGGAUGCUGGUGAAGAAUCAUCUACACCAGCACAAACAAUUUAUGUAUGGUUAGAUGCACUUAUAAAUUAUUUAACAGUAGCUGGCUAUCCUGAUAUUCAUUCCAAAAAAUUUAUUAAUUCAUGGCCACCAGAUGUGCAUAUUGUUGGCAAGGAUAUUCUAAAAUUUCAUGGUAUAUAUUGGCCAGCAUUUUUAAUGGCCUGUCAGCUACCUUUACCAAAACAAAUAUUAUGCCAUUCACAUUGGACUGUAAAUGGUGAGAAAAUGUCGAAAUCGAAAGGAAAUGUUAUCGCACCUCAAGACUUAUUUGAAACAUAUACGUCCGAAGGAUUACGUUAUUUUUUAAUACGUGAAGGUGUACCACAUUCAGACGGCAAUUACAGCGAAACAAAAUUAUGUCGUAUAUUAAAUUCUGAAUUGGCUGAUACUUUUGGUAAUUUAUUGAGUCGUUGUUGUGGUAAAGCAUUGAAUCCAGAACAAAUAUUUCCAACGAUUGAUGAAGAAACAUUACAUGAACUAUGUUUAAAAGAAGAUGUUACACGUCGCUUAUUGGAAAGUGUUGAAACAUUACCCGAUAUUGUACGUGAACACUACAAUUCAUAUAAUUUUUACAAAGGUAUCGAUCAAAUUAUAACAACAUUACAUUUAACAAAUUUAUUUUUUGAAACAUUACGACCAUGGGAAUUGAAGAAAUCAAAUAAUAAAAAAUUAUUAAAUGGUUGUUUAUGUAUAACAUUGGAAACUUUACGUGUAUGCGCUAUAUUAUUACAACCAAUAAUACCACAAUUAACAAAUCAAUUGUUAACAAAAAUUAAUGUAUCAAAUACAAAACGAGAUUGGAAUUCUUUAAAACCAUUGAUGUGGCAACACUAUAAAAAGCAAUUGAUGUAUGCAAAUGACGAAACAAAUAGAAUGCAGCAACAACCAAUACCAGUACCAGUAUCGUUGACAAAUGAUAGUGUUUUACUGUUCAAACGUAUUCAAAUGCAA